AUGGCUGAAGCUGCGUCUAAAACAUGCGAAAAUUGUGUGAGUGCCCCUGGAUCACAUUUAUGCAUAGACUGUGAGAAAUAUUAUUGUGAAAAUUGUAAGUUGUUACAUAAUAGACGGAAGUUAUCGAGAAAUCACCAGUUUCAGAAAGCCUUCGAUCUGAUCCCGGAAAGUAAAUCAAAAUGUAUUGAACAUGAAGAAGAAUUAAUGUUAUUGUGUAAUACAUGUUAUGUACCAGUUUGUAUCCGUUGUGUGCCAGGAAAUCACAAUGGGCAUAUAUUUUCCGAAUUUGUCGAUGCAGUUGCAAAGUUCAGAAGGGAAAAUGAAACGAAAAUUCGUACCAAGACAACUGAGGCAAAUCAAAAUAUAAAAAAGAUUGAGAAUAACUUGAGAUCUUUUGAUAAUGACGUUGAGUCUGUAAUAAAAGCCAUCAAUGAUGAAAGCAACAUGAUUAAACGCUUGGUUGAUAAAUCCGUAGCUCAGAUGAUUGCAUUAUUGAAAGAACAAUCUAAGAAGGAGAAAGAAAAACUUAUGAACAUGCUGUCUGAUGCUAAAUCUGCACUUGCUACUGGACAAAACUUAGAUCAGAGAAGAAAGGGUUUAGACAAAACAAGACAGGAUGGAACUAUGGUACAACAGAUGCAAAAUCUGGAAGCAGAAAUCAACAAACUACGUAUUAAGUCACUUCCAGAGUUUCCAAAAAUAUCCCUUAGUCGCAAAUCUGUUGCUGAAGAUGACAUCAGACACCUGAUAGGUACAUAUACUAUAAGCAAUUGUUCACCAGUCUUUGAAAAAGAGAAGCAACGUCACGGUAACCUAUACAGAUGUUCUGUUUGUGGGCAAGAGGACAUUAUACCAUUUACUGAUGAGUAA